CGUUUAACAGCCAAACGGAUGUGUUUACACCUUCACGUCUCUCUUCCGCCCCUUAUUUCUAAUAAGUUGCCUAUAACAAGCUCGGUUCUUCAAACUGAGUUUCAUUCCAGGUGUUUUUCAAUCUCCGUGUUUUACGAAAUGGCCUACCCAGGAUACGGCGCUCCGGCUGGUGGAUUCCCUGGAAUGCCGCCGCAGCAACAAGAUCCAAUGUAUGGAUACUUUACACAAGUGGCUGGACAGGAUGGACAGAUCUCUGCAGAAGAGCUGCAGCGCUGCCUCACGCAGUCCGGCAUGUCUGGAUCCUACAAACCUUUCAGCAUUGAGACGUGCAAACUGAUGAUCAACAUGCUGGAUAGGGACAUGUCUGGGAUGAUGGGUUUCAACGAGUUCAAGGACCUGUGCCAGGCCCUCAACGGCUGGAAAGGCACCUUUACAUCCUUUGACCGGGACCACAGCGGGACAGUGGAGGGCCAUGAACUGCAGCAGGCCAUCGGCACAAUGGGCUACAAUCUAAGCCCUCAGGCUAUGAAUUGUAUCAUGAAGCGCUACAGCAACCAUGGCAGAAUUCCUUUUGAUGAUUUUGUGAGUUGCUGUGUGAGACUCCGUGCCCUGACUGAUCAGUUCCGAAGAAGGGACACGGCCCACAGUGGGAAUGCCACCUUUCAGUAUGACGACUUUAUCCAGGUCGCUAUGAGCGUUUGAAAAGGACAAACCUUUCCACUGAGGACCAUCCAACUGCUUUGUUUUUUUUAUUAAUCAUUUCUAUUUUAUGUGUUUUCUAUAAAUUCAUCUCCCAUUUUCAAAGCUUAAGUCACUUAUAAGCCAUUCUUGCCCUUAUAUAGGAGAACAAAACAUUUAGCAUCUUAUAAGUAUGAUUAUUACUCUUUUAUAAAUGCUUUGCUUGCUUUCUACCAUAUGAUGUUAACUAUAAACAGACUUUUAUGAAAUUAAAACACAAUAUGAAGCCUGUUGACUGUC